UGUAUUUUGCUAGCAUUACUUUAUUUAGGUAAUGUAAAGAUCCUUUAAAAAGAUUACUUGUACCUUUCCCCCCAGUUGCUUUAGAUGAAUAGUAAAAGCAACAUGUUAAUUUAAGAGUUCUUUUUGUACUUAUUACUUAUGUAAAUUGUCACAAGCUUAGCCUUGCACACUUAUCCUCAGUUUGGUCAUUGCGUUGACAAAGUGUCACCAGUUUUAAAAGAGGACGAUCAGCCCCCUGCGUGGGAGGUCACAGUCACAGCAUUGGCUGAUGGUGUAACAACUACCACUAUAGUAGAUGCCUUGUGUGUUUGUAACGGCCAUUUUAGUGUGCCUGCAAUUCCUCCAGUUACCAACAUUGAAAAAUUUAAUGGCAAGAAACUUCAUAGUCAUGAUUAUAGGGAUCCAAGAGAGUAUGUUUGGUCGUCGAGUGUUGAUACUAGGAGCAGGUGCUUCUGGUUUAGACAUUUGCAUGGAAGUUUCAUCUCUUGCAGAUGAGGUGUACCUAGCCCACAACUUUCCUGUGUUAAUUCCCAGUGAACUGCCUUCUAAUAUUCAUCAAGUUCCGAGUGUGAAAAAAGCAACUCACGAUGGAUUUAUUUUGAAUGAUGGACGGCUUGUGGAAGUUGACACAAUAAUUUUUUGUACAGGGUAUGAGUACAAGUUUCCUUUCCUGUCAGACUCCUGUGGUAUUUGUGUAGAAAAUAAUCAAGUAAAGCCUCUCUACAAGCACGUAAUCAAUGCUCGCUACUCAACAAUGGGGUUUAUUGGAUUACCAUCGAGGGUUGUUGUGUUUCCUCUGGUAUAUUAUCAGGUUUGCUACUUUCUAGCAACACUCACGGGUCAAGCCAAACUGCCGUCAGUGACAGAGAUGAUGUCAGUUGUAGAGAAAGGUUUGAGUGACAUCCGUUUAAAGGGACGGAACCAGAAAGAUUAUCAUCGCCUCCAUGCCGAACAGUGGGAUUAUAUGGAAGACCUGGCAUUGUGCUCAGGAGUAGAUCCACCACCAGGUUUCAUGAAAAAGAUAUGGGGUAUUGUCAUCAUUAGGCUUUUCCUAUCUUUUCCACUCUUCAAGACUUAUGCUUACAAACCUGCUGAAGACGGAACAAUUGUUGAGUCAAGAUAUGGCGAAAUAUUGAGUACACGCUGGGAUUUAACGCAGCUGGUUUUCAAACAGUUGGUUCGUCUUGUUUGGAGGGACUUUCGUAAUGUUUUUUGGUUGAUCAGUUCUGUGACCUUAGGCCUAGUUAAAAAGUUAUUCAAGAAAGAUUGACAUUUUUCUAUUAAGGCCUGAGAAAAUAUUGAAAAUAUAUAUCUUAUAAAAAAUACUGUACUGUAGAGUACAUUAGUUUUAUACAUUUAUAUUAUAAGGAUUGUAGGUUCAUAAUACUGUAAUGUUAUGGUGCUUGAUUUGUCAGGGAAGUUGACUUCCUAAUAACAUUUGUAUUUGAAUAUAGAGUUAAUUUAAUUGAACUCUAUACUCUGAAUAAAGUUUUUUAUGCUCA